UGUUAUCUCAUGGAGUGUACCUAGUUAUAUUCCAUCAGGCUAUCCCAUUAUCACAUUUGAGAUAGGAUAUCAUAUCUUACAGUCUGCAGGUGCCUGUUUGAUGGUACAUGAUGUUAACAUUAAUAUUCAAAUGUUUCGGUUUUCUAAUUCAACCAACCACAAUACAUUUAUUAACAUUACUGGUCUUAAUGAUAUGUCCUGUUAUAUUUUUGGUGUACGUGCAUACACUGUUAAUGGAUAUGGAGAAUGGACAGUUAUUGCUAAUGAGACAUUAACACUACCACCACAGCCUUCACCUAGCACAAUGUCCACAGUUUAUACUAGUUCAUCUACUGGGUAUUGUUCAAUAACAUGUCCUUGCACUUCAGUCUCUAAUGCUACUCCAGUUUCAGUAAUCCCAUCAACUAGUGAUGCAUCUAAUAGUAUUAUUGCUCUUAGUGUGUUAGUGGGUAUAUUGUGUGGUCUACUAACUGUCAGUGUUAUUGUUCAUAUCUGCUGCUUUAUAAGAAAGAAGAAUUCAUACACUGUUAAUAAGCAAACAAAAGCUGAUGAUGAUAUUUCAAUGCAAUUAUGUGAACCAUAUGAAAUUCACAAGUCUAAACAAAGUGAAGAGAAUGAAGGAGUCUAUGAUGAAUGUCAAACAUCACCUGAUGAUGUUUAUGAACGUAUGCCACAAUAAAUGUACUAGAAUUACUUAAUAUACUAAAGUAACUCGUUAGGCAUUUUCACUAGUUCUAGU